GUAUUUGAGUUGGCUGAUCAAUUUUUGAUGUGUAUGACUGAAAAAUCCGACUAGUGUUGCAAGAGUGUAGACAUGGCAGGAGUCUUGUUUGAAGACAUCUUCGACGUCAAGGACAUCAACCCGGAGGGCGCCAAAUUCGACCGGGUGUCCCGACUGCACUGCGACUCGGAGAGCUUCAAGAUGGAACUGAUUUUGGACGUCAACUCCCAGAUCUAUCCGGUGGAUCUAGGAGACAAGUUCAGACUGUCCCUGGUCACUACAUUGCGCGAGGAUGGAGGGGUAGACGACGGAGAAUACGACCCUACAGACAACACGCCUAAUAGAGCCAACGCCUACGAGUAUGUGAUGUACGGAAAAGUGUACCGCAUUGAGGACGGGGCGACAGGCGGGGGAGGGGGAGGGGGCGGAGGGGACGGGGACGCCUCACAUGCUCAGCACUCUCCCAAACUAGCAGCUUAUAUAUCUUAUGGUGGUCUGCUGAUGCGACUGCAAGGAGACGCCAAUAAUCUUCACGCUUUGGAAGUUGAUCAAAGGGUGUAUUUGAUGAUGAAGAAAUUGGCUUUUUAAAACUUUCGCAUUCUGUUUUUUUUUGCUGUGCAGAGCAAAGGAAUACGCAGGGAGCUGGAUUUUCAGCGUAAUUCAAGUGAUGAGUUGUGAGUGCGAAGGAAAAUGCAGAAACUGAAAUUUGUUGGAUUCUCAUCAGAUAAACGGGAACUCGUGUAGUUAUUUAUGAUUUAACUGUCUUCGUUUUGUUUUUGUUGCAAUUAAAUGUUGCUCA